AAUAUUUAAAUUUUAGAAUUUCUCAACGCCGAUCUUGUUUCUUUCACAAUUUUGUUUUUUGACGUUUUUUUUUGUUUUAGAAGUCUUCAAUGGCCAGUUCUUCGAAAUAUUCGAGAGAAUUUAUAAAUUCUUUUCCGGAUUACCAAGAGUCUCCCUCUGCCCAUGCUGCCGGCACCGCGAGGCUCUUGAGGACUUCUGGCUCUGCGUCUGCCGAAUCAUAUACUGACGGGAAAUUGGAUGAAUCUUUGGAAGCUCGCAUACGCAAACAGAUCCAAAAUUUGCUGGCUGUGUUGGAAGUCGAGUACCAUAUUGACUGGAAUGAUCCUUCUAUUUAUACUGGAUCUUCUGGAGUAGCUUACUUAUAUUACCACCUGUACAAGAAUUACGAUGUUGAUCAGAAGACCAAGCAGGCUUUUCUUACAAAAUCUGUGGAAAUAAUGAAGAAGACAAUGAAGCACAUAAAGAAUCGUGCACCAUCAUUCAUUGCAGGGGAUGCUGGUCCUUACUGUGUCGGUGCCAUCAUCUUCAAAGCUGAUAAGAAGCAGGAUGAGUCUGAAAAGUGUUUGAAAAAGUUUAUGGAUUUGUUUGAGAAGAUAGAUGAAGAUUAUGAUGAGCCUGAUGAAAUUCUGUAUGGAAAGAGUGGAGUCCUCUAUGCUCUCCUCUUCCUAAGGAAACAUUUUGGACAUGAGCGCAUCUUAGAUUCCAUGAUUAUGAAGCUGACUAAACUAAUCUUAAGAAGUGGACAGUCUAGGGGCCAAGCAGAUGGAGGGGAGCCACCCCUGAUGUAUCAGUGGCAUAAUAAGAGGUAUCUCGGAGCUGCUCAUGGCAUAUCUGGCAUCAUAUACAUGCUCUUGUGUGUAAAAGAUGAUCCGUAUAUAGUGAAGCACAUGAAUGACCUCAUCAAGCCAACCAUUGACUACUUGAUAACAUUGAAAUACCCUACGGGCAACUUUCCAUCAUCCCUCGAGUCAUCAGAGGACAAAUUGGUCCAGUGGUGCCAUGGAGCACCUGGUUGGAUAUACAUGCUACUUUCUGCCCAUCAGAUAUUUGAUGAACCAGUAUACCUGAGGACAGCAAAAGAGUGUGGGAAAACAACCUGGGAGAGGGGGCUGCUAAAGAAAGGUUAUGGCUUGUGCCAUGGUACUGCUGGCAAUGCCUACUGCUUCCUUGCUCUCUACAACGCCACAGAAAACCCCAAGUACCUCUACAGAGCCAUCAAGUUUGGAGAAUGGUGCUUGGAUUAUGGAAAGCAUGGAGCCAGGACACCUGACAGACCAUUCUCACUCUAUGAAGGGAUGGCCGGAACCAUAUAUUUCUUAGCUGAUCUCUUGAAACCAAAAGAAGCCAAAUUUCCUGGCUUCCAAGUCUGAACACUAAAGUCUUGAAUUUUACCUUUUUAUUCAUUCAUACUUUCAUUUUAUUUUUGAAAAUUUGUGCAAUAUAUCAAACCUUUAUUUUCAUAUUUUUGUAAAUUUUCUUACUGAGUUUAAUUUUUAUCUUUUUGUUUACUU